ACAUGGGGACCGUCAAUGCUUCCAACCCUGAACUCGGUCGGCACCACAGUCAUCGUCUCCAAGUGGUACCGCCGGGGAAGGGGAAUUGAAGUUGGCGACAUCGUGUCGUACAAACACCCAGUCGAGGGCGAGGUUACAACCAUCAAAAGAGUGAUCGGUAUGCCUGGGGAUUUUGUGCUCAGAGACACGCCUGGCAAGGGAGACGGUACCAUGAUACAGGUUCCUCUCGGCCAUUGCUGGACGGUCGGAGACAACCUCAGCGCCUCGCGCGAUUCAAGAAUGUACGGGCCCGUUCCUCUAGCUCUCAUCAAGGGCAAGGUC